AAGCCAAGAUGCUUUUUGAUGAUUGUUUUUUUUUAUACUCCAACUACCACGAAGGCCUAAGGCCUAAGCACCCAUUGGGGUACCGUGGGGCUAUAGGGGGAUACAUGGGAAAAGGGGGGACGCCACACGGACUCUGGCGAGGAAACACGUGUGCAUGCAACAUGCACACAUUCUGGCCCCGCCUACGAGAUCCGCCGGGUGGUACAUCCGCGUUCGACAGUCAGAGACCGGCUACCACCUAUGGACAAUCACAACAUCCAUAGCCAAAAGAAAA